GUUUUUAAUCGCCGGACAAGCCCCUGUGAGCCGGUUAGGAGCGUGUUAAUAAUAUGUCACAUUCAUGGCCAAAAACGUCUUUUAUAUACACUGUGUGAAAGCGACUCACUUCCGUGAUUAAAGCGAAAACGGAAGCAAUCGACGGUGAACGCUCUCGCGUUCUUGAGCAAUUGGACGCUCCGUCGCGAGCUCAGCAGAAUCACCCGCCUGCCCUCACGAGGGGAGUCAGCCCAGUCUUGUCAGCGCGCUGCGGUGUGGUGGAAGAUGGCGCUAGCCGAAUGGAAAUCCUAAUGACAGUCUCCAAAUUUGCCUCUUUUUGUACCAUGGGCGCCAAUGCCUCUGCUCUGGAGAAAGAGAUUGGAUCUGAGCAGUUUCCGGUCAAUGAGCACUACUUUGGCCUGGUUAAUUUUGGAAAUACUUGCUAUUGCAACUCAGUGCUUCAGGCUCUGUACUUCUGCCGGCCUUUCCGGGAGAAGAUCUUGGCGUACCGCAGUCAGCCUCGACGGAAGGAGAACUUGCUCACCUGCCUGGCUGACCUGUUCCACAGCAUUGCUAACCAGAAGCGGAAAGUGGGAGUAAUACCACCCAAGAAGUUUAUCACACGGCUACGCAAGGAAAAUGAACUGUUUGACAACUACAUGCAGCAGGAUGCUCACGAGUUCCUGAACUACCUGCUCAACACCAUUGCUGAUCUGCUUCAAGAGGAGAGGAAGCAGGAAAAGACAAACGGCCGACUUGCCAACGGCACAUUGGACUCCCAGAACAACAACAGCAACGCCACACCUGCUCCCACCUGGGUCCAUGAAAUCUUCCAAGGCACUCUGACCAAUGAGACGCGCUGCCUCACCUGUGAAACGAUAAGCAGCAAAGAUGAGGAUUUUCUGGACCUCUCUGUGGAUGUAGAACAGAAUACCUCCAUCACACACUGCCUCAGAGGUUUUAGUAAUACAGAGACACUGUGCAGUGAGUACAAAUACUACUGUGAAGAAUGUAGAAGCAAGCAGGAGGCACACAAGAGGAUGCGUGUAAAGAAGCUGCCGAUGAUCCUGGCUCUGCACCUGAAGCGCUUUAAAUACAUGGAGCAGCUGCAACGCUACACCAAGCUGUCCUAUCGCGUAGUCUUCCCCUUGGAACUCCGCCUCUUCAACACCUCCGGGGACGCCACCAAUCCUGAGAGGUUGUACGACCUGGUCGCCGUGGUUGUGCAUUGUGGGAGUGGUCCAAACAGGGGUCACUACAUUGCCAUUGUGAAAAGUCACGACUUCUGGUUGCUGUUUGAUGAUGAUAUUGUAGAGAAAAUCGAUGCACAGGCCAUAGAAGAAUUCUACGGUCUUACUUCUGAAAUCUCCAAGAACUCUGAGUCGGGCUACAUCCUCUUUUACCAGUCCAGAGACUAAAUUUGGAUCUUUGCGUGUUAUUGCAUAACCUGGGAGAAAUGCUCUGUUCCCUUUCUGUGGAUGACAGCGGACUUUAAACGCACCACAGCCUGCACGGUGUCAUACCUGCCCGCACAGCUGUAAUCCAUACCUGUGCUUUUACACACUCAGCGCUGCAGCUCAGCCGUGGAAAUUUCCCAUACAUACCAGCCGACCCCACUGGCCUCUGUGUCCUUCCCGUCCCUCCACAGCCUCCUCAUCCACUGCUGCUGCUGCUUGGACAAUGAGACAAUACUGAAUGCAAACUGUGUCAAGAUUGUUUUAAAAAAAAAAAAAAA